GACGACGACGAGGAGGAGGGGAUCUCACCGGAGUCCCGCCGCCUCCUCCUCCUCGUGGUGGUAGCACUCGCGCGCGGAGCCCUCCUCCACGCGGGCGCCGCGUCGCACAUUGGGGAUCUCCCUCCUCGCGCCCGUGCCCCCCCUCCCCUCGUGCACCCGAUUGACCUUAGCCGCUGCCACAAACCCUAGCCGCCGUCGGCGUGGUGGUGGGGGGAGGCGGAGGUAGGAGUGGUACGGGGGUGGGGGAUCGAGCGGCGGUGCGGAAGGUGUUAUUGGACAUUAAUUAUCUUUGGUGGAUGAUGGCCUUGCAAUAAAGUGGGUCAGUGUUUUGGAAGGUUCUGCAAGAUGUGCAAAGAGGGUGUGGAGGCCCUAGAAGAUUAUUACCCAUGCUAGUACGUGAACGGAAAAGAAAAAAGGGGAGGUAGUUUGCUUAACCAAAGUGAAGAAAUGACCAAAGCUACUCCUAUUAAAGCAAACAAGAACGUUGAAUUUCAGAAACAGUCUCCAACUAACUUAAUAGUAACAAAUGGCCAUGUUUUUAAGAAGGAAGUGGUCAAUGGUGAGUGUCCUGUUGAACCUGUCCGUGAUGUGAAAUGCAUUAGCACUUGGAUCUGUAAAAAUUUGGCCUGUAAAGCUGUUGUAACAUCUGAAGAUUCCUUCUGCAAGAGAUGCUCAUGUUGUAUUUGCCAUCAGUUUGAUGACAAUAAGGAUCCUAGUCUAUGGUUGGUUUGUGCAUCUGAAAACGAUGACAAGAACUGCUGUGGAUCUUCUUGCCAUAUUGAGUGUGCACUCCAACACAAGAGGGUCGGAUGCUUUAAUCUUGGGAAACUUAUUCAACUUGAUGGGAGUUAUUCUUGCGCUUCAUGUGGAAAGGUUUCUGGAAUACUAGGUUAUUGGAAAAGGCAGUUGGUUAUUGCAAAAGAUGCACGCCGAGUAGAUAUGCUCUGCCACCGUAUCUAUUUGAGUUACCGUUUACUGGGGGGAACUAGCUGCUUUAAAGAAUUGCAUGGUAUUAUUGAAGAUGCAAAAGCAAAAUUGGAAAGUGAAGUUGGUCCACUGGAUGGAAUGUCAGCAAAAAUGGCACGUGGUAUUGUAAGCAGGUUGUCUGCUGGUAGUUAUUUGCAGAAACUUUGCUCUCUAGCAAUUCAAAGAGCUGAUGAUUUAUUGAGUUCUCCAGACCUGCAUCUUCGAGAUUCCUUACCUGCCGCCUGUAAAUUCAGAUUUGUAGACAUAACAUCUUCAUCCGUUGUUAUUAUUCUAAAAGAAACGCCGUUGCCAUCGUCUGACAAUAUCAGAGGUUAUAAGCUAUGGUACUGGAAGAGCAGAGAGGAACCAAGCAUGGAAGAGCCUGUAGUUUUGUCCAAAGAUCAAAGAAAAGUACUUGUUUUUAACCUUGCCCCAUGCACACAGUAUUCCUUCAGAAUUAUAUCAUUCACAGGUGAUGGGAUCCUAGGUCAUUCUGAAUCUAAGUGUUAUACUGGGAGCAAUGAGGUAUCCUUUAAACGUACCACACCGAAUGUAGCAGAAGGGGACUCACGGACACAUACAAGAGAGAAGAUACAAACUUUUAAGUCAACUGGAUUCAAGAUCCGAGAGGUUGGGAAGAUAUUACGACAAGCUUGGACUGGGGAAGGCUGUUUUGAAGGGUUUUGUGAAGAUAUGCAUGAAGUAUCAUGUGAUAGAAGUGUCACAGACGUGGAGCAGCCAGAGAACAGGGAAGAGAGCCAACUGUUGUCAGGUGCUUGCCGCAAACUUCAGUUCAGCACAUUUUCUGUCCCUGACCUAAAUGUUGAGGCACCCAUCCCCAUGGACAUCUCCCCUGACAAGUGUUAUAAUUCAAAGAUUGCACAGGCAAGGUCCAAUGAUAGUGGUGACUCAGAGACCUGUGCAGUCGGCCGGAGUGCUGAAGCUGGACCACCUGCUGUUGAAUCUCGGCCAGAGGGCAGGGCUAAACGACUCCACGGUGCUGAAAGCUGUGAACAAGAUGGUGCUUCCGCCAUUUGCCGGGAAAAGGAGCUCGCAAGGCUGAUGGAGUUGGAUGAGGACUUUGAGUUCUGUGUGCAGAUGAUACGAAUGCUGGAAUGCAAGGGACACAUAGAGAAUGAUUUUAGGAUGAAGUUCUUGACCUGGUUUAGUCUAAGGUCAACAGAGAAUGACCGUAGAGUUGUGACCACAUUCAUCAAAACACUAGUUAAUGAACCAAGUGGUCUGGCUGAGCAGCUUAUUGAUUCCUUUGGGGAAGCCAUAAACUGCAAGAGACAAAGAAAUGGUUUCUGCAAUGAGCUUUGGCAUGGUGACAAAGGACAAUAGUUCAAGAUUUUGCUAACUCAUUGAUACCCUACAGUUCUUAUUAUGAUCAAACGCAGUGAAAUCUGUUUCGAUUGACCACUACAUUUAGGAUCCAACAGCAAAAGAGGGGGGAGGACAUUGAUGAAGGUGACAAAUUUUUAGGCACCAAAUAGGCUGCACCGAAAGAAUUGAAUUCUUUUUCCACCAAGAAUUAGUGGAAAUGAUUUUUUAUUGGUUCUGUAGUUUCUAGUUUCUGUCGAAAUCUGGUUGGGAAAGUCUCGUGGUGUUGUAUCUCUUGCUACCUCUGCUGAUUAAACUUACGAAUAAUUUUUUCUUUGGCAUUAGAUAUUGGCUAGACAGGGCUUAUAUUCAUGUAUAUGUUACUUAUUUGGUUAUUAGUAUAAAUAUUUUAAAUGCUUCCCGUUGAGCA